AUGGGGAAUGUUAACUCAAUAAAUUUUAAUAAUGGAAAAUAUAGAAUAGAUUCAAUAUCAUGUUGUUUAGAUAACUGUAAAUUAAAAACCAAGGAAUUGGUGAGUUAUAUGGAUCAAUUAGUAGAGGGUUAUCCGUUAACACAGAACUUAACAAUAAAAGAGUGUAAAUUAAAAGAAGUACCAGCAAAUAUAACCAAGUUAUCAUAUCUUUUGGAGUUGUCAUUAACUGAUAAUAAAUUAAAUUCAUUACCUUGGUCUCUACCCCCACCAAUCAUACAACAGGCUAAUAGACUAUCAACUAUGAUAUCAAUUUCAUCAGUAGUAAACGAAAGUUUAGUUAAAUUGGAUCUCUCAGGUAAUCACUUUACUGAUUUUCCAUCAUGUGUUUUCGUAUUACCAAAUCUAAAGACAUUAAUAUUAGAUAAUAAUCAAUUGACUGACAUCAAUGUUCAAAUGUGUGGUGGCUCCUCUGUAAAUAAUGGUACCAAUCAACCUUAUAUAGCAUGUAAAUUAGAAGAGUUAAAAUUAUCAAAUAAUAGUUUUACUGUUUUCCCCUCUAUCAUCACAGAUUUAACAAGUUUAAAAGUAUUGGAUCUCUCAGGUAACUCUUUAUCAUCUAUUCCAGCAUCAUUUACAAAAUUAUCUUCACUCACAUGUUUAAAUUUAAAAUCAAAUCGUUUUACAUCUUUUCCUGCAAGCAUCUGUACAUUAAAUUACUUACAUCGUCUAAAUUUAGCCUGUAAUCAAAUCUCUAUAAAUUCAUCACAUCAUACUCUGGGUGUUAGUUUAUUGCCCACCUUGGAAAGAUUAGAGUUGCAACACAAUAAGUUUGGAGAGUUUCCAAUCGAUAUUUUAGAUUUAACAUCAUUAAAAAUCUUAAAACUUCAAGAUAAUGAUAUUGAGGUUGUCCCAGAGAAAAUUGGUCAAUUAAAUAAUUUAACCGAACUCUUUUUAGCUGAAAAUAAAAUUACAACAUUGCCAUCAACUAUUGGUCAAAUCGUAAAUCUUAAAAAACUAUAUUUAGAAUACAACAAAAUUUCAACUUUACCAACAGACUUUGUAAAACUUCAAAAAUUAAAUAUUUUAAUUCUUCACAAUAACGAAUUUAAGAGCGUUCCAGAGGAGAUUCAUUUAUUAACACAGCUUUUAAGAUUAUCAUUGGAUGAAAACCCUUUAUCAAGUACUGACUUAAAAUUAAUCAAACAAGAAGGUUCAUUAUCACUUAUAAAGCAUAAAUCAAAUUUUGGUACUAUAAAUGGCUCAACUGGCCACAGUUCUAUUUCUUCUAAUGGAUCUCUUAGUAAGAGCUCAAUGACACCAGAUUUAAGUGGAAGCACCUCAAUUAGUGCAGCCAUCAAUAAAUUCUCUAAAAAGAAAAAUAACCAACUUACCAUUUCCAGAUCACUCUUUAGAGGUAACUCAUCAAAUUUAGAAAGCGAAAAGGAUGAUUUUCAUAAACAAAAGCAUCUCCAGAAUAUUUCUGCUGCAUCCACCUCAUGUAAUUCUUCAAGUCCAAUAACCAGCCAAAUAACUGUAAAUAGUACUGUUUUGGAUUUUGAAGAUGAUAUUCAAAAAAUGUCAUUAGGUGAAUUUGCAAGUUUAGAGGGUGCUGGUGCUAAGCAAAGAAGAGGUAGUGUAUUUUUGCCACCAACAAAUGCAUUUAAAUUAAGUCCACCUGUAGUUAGUUCUAGCUAUAAUACAUUACCUGCAUCAUUGGGUAAUUUAAUUCAACAACAACAACAACAACAACAAGAUUUAGGAAAUGGUCUUACUACUAGCAGCGGUACUAAUUCACCAGCUUUAGGUCUUUUAAGAACAUCAUCAUCAAUUUCAAAUUCUCCUUCUAUUUCAUCACCACAACUAUUAAGUCAUUCAAUGUCACAAUUUAAUUUAUCUGGUAAUAACACACCAUCAUCUAAUAACAAUGGCACUAAUAGCAUGAAUAGUUCAAGUAAUAGUACUAUCAAUAAUAAUAGUAAUUCAGCACCAAGCUCAACCAAUCCAUCACCAAUCAAUUCAAGUGAUUCUAUAACUACAAGUGUACCAUCAUUCUCCAAAUUUAAAAAUUCAUUUGACCAGCUUUUGGAAGAACAAGAUUUCUCUAAAAAGAAGAGGGAGACCCUUCAAAAACUCUCUAAGGAGCAAAAAUGGAACCUUUUAUUACAAUAUAGAAAUUCAACAUUAAAAAUGUUAAAUUUAGUGAAUGGUCCUUUAAAAACAAGCAGUGGUUCAUCAACUCCAAUUAAUGUAAGUGCAAAUGGUAGUAUCCCUCCACCAUUAUCAUCAUCAUCCUCUGUCGCAGGUGCUGUUGCAAAGAGUCCACAUUUUCAACCAGCUAGAUUCUAUAUUGAUAACUUAUCAAUUAAAACUGAUAUCUCAUUAGUUAAAGAGAUUCACGAUUUCUUAAAAGAAGGUGGUCCAGAGGUAUCAUUAUUUAUUGGUUUCCAUGGUAUUGAACUAUUCGUCAGUAUUCUUCAAUACAAUUUGGAUCAUGCAAAUGAACAAUUUGAUGAAGAAAAGGUUGGCUAUUGUUUAUUGUGUAUGAAGAUUUUAAUCGAAUAUACAGCAAAAUCUGUAAUUACAACUCACAACUCUAUCAAUAUGAUUUCAAUGUUUUUAAGUUCAAAUAGUAAAUAUAUUAUAGAUAUAAUUAUUGACAUUUUUGACGAAAUUUUAAGAUUGCCAACAAUUGGCACAAGUAUUGUAUUAGAUUCAUUGGUUAAUUUCCAAAAAGUUAAAGGAUUAAGCUCACCAUAUGUACCAUUAGUAGCAAUUUUAAAGAGUUCAACAAUUGACUUAUCAACUAAAACAACUAUUUUCAAAAUUAUUAAUUUCCUAAUUUAUUCAUUUUCAGUAUUAGAAGAAAGAUUUUCAGUUAUUUGUUCAUUAUUAAAAGUUGGUAUUUUAGAAGUCAUUUCAAAUCUUAGAUUAAACAGCAACAAACAUGAUGUACUUCGUUUCGAGUUAGAUUUAUUUGAAGAGGUUUUAGAUAGUGAUGAGAGUGAAUUGGUAAAGAAAAUUGGUAGAAAAGAAGUUUUAAAGAGAAUGAGCAAUGAAGAUAGUGACCUUUCAAAACAAUCAAAAGAAACAACUGAUUUCGUUAGAGUAGUAAUGGUUUCCGCAGGUUAUGGUGAUUUAAAAAUCGAUCUUAAUGAAAAGACCUCAUAUGCAGAUGUUAUUCAAUUUAUUCAAUCCAAUUAUCAAAUAAAAUACGAUAUUGAAAGAUAUGGUUUAUUUGUUCCAGCUAUAGGUUCAGCAGAUACUAUUUUACAAAAUUCAGGUACACAAUCUCGUUGGGUAGAUCCCACCAAAACUCUAGUUGAAAAUGGUCUCAGUAAUGAAAUUGUAGAGUUUAAGAUGAAGCCAAUCAAUAUCAACAUUUUACAAAACAACAUUACAAACGAAAUUAAAAGCUUUACAAUCGACCCACAGUUGAAAUGUUUUGAAAUCGUUCAUCAUCUUAGAACUAGAUUGGAUUCAAAUUCAGCAGCAUUCCAAAGAAAAACAUCAUCUCUUAUCGAUGAUGAGGAAGAAGACUACGAGUCCGAUAUUUAUGGUAUUUAUUGUUUUGCAAAUUUAGAAGAAUAUAGCAAAGGAAGUUGGUAUCCACUAAAUAAUAGACUAUUAGAUUUUAACCCAAAUAAUGAACCAAUGGUUGUUGAAAUUAAACUCAUGGAAAGACCAUUAAGAAUCUCAUUUAGUGGUACAGAAAAACUAAUGAAGUUUAAUCCAUAUAUCCCAGUUUCAGCUAUUAUGAAUGAAAUUAAAAAUGAAAUUCAUUUGAAAAUCAACAUUGAAGAUUAUGGAAUCUGCUAUAUUCCAAAUACAUCACAAUCAAAUUUAUCACAAACCCUAGUUGAAGAAUCUUGGUUAGACCCAUCAAAAACUUUAUUAGAUCACAGCGAUAUGAAAUGUUCAAUUGUACAAUUUAAAUUUAAACCAAGAACAGUCUCUGUAAAUAUUAAUAUUGAAAGUGGUAUAGCAAUUCCAAAUAAUGAAAAUCAACAAUUUUUAAAUACUUUUACAAUUUCAGAAGUUAUUGAAAAGAUCUGCACACCACACCAACUAAAUGCUUUAAACUACUCACUUUAUUUAUCAGACUCAUCAAGCCAAAAGAUCAAAUUAUUAUCAAGACAAAAUUGUUUAAGAGAUCAAUCAAUUAACAAUGGUGACUAUUUAAUUUUAACAUCAAAGCAAAAAGAUUUACCAACCGACUCCAACGUUUGGGACGAACCUGAAGAUUCACCAGAUAAUAUCACUUUUACAAAAGAAUCAAAGAUUGCUUCAAUUACAUUGAAUAAACUUAUUGAAAGAUUAACAAAUCCAGAAUCACAAGAAUCUGAUAUUAAAUCAAUUUUCCUUAGUACAUAUAGAUCAGUUACCACCCCAACUACACUUUUAAGCAAGUUAUUAGAAAGACACACAGCUCCAUCACUUUUAGAUAAAGAAAAAUGUAAACUUAUUCAAAGAAAGACUAGACUUUUAAUUAAAUCAUGGUUAGAAAUUGAAACACCAAAGAAUAGAGAAGAGGUUAUAGGUUUACUUAGACUACACAUGCCAACAGAAUCAAUUGAAGAUGAUGGUCACAAAGAGCUUACUGAACUUUAUAUGGAUUUAACCACUAAAAUCUACCCAUCUAUUAUUCAAAUACCAACUGGUGAUCUUCCAAAGCCAAAGAUACCAAAGAUCGAUUCAAAUAUUAUUUCGUUUAUUGAUAUGGACGAAAUGGAGAUUGCAAGACAACUUUCACUUUUAACUUUCCCAUUAUACUCUAAAAUAGAAACAUCAGAACUUUUAAAUCAACGUUGGGCUAAGCCAAAUGGAGGUCCGGGUGUUAUGUCUGUAGUUGGUCUAUUCAAUAGAGUUUCCAAUUUUGUAUCAUUCACAAUUUUAAAUCAACCAAAACUAAGAGAUAGAGCAUUUGUUUAUGGCAAAAUGGUAAAGAUAGCGAAUGCUUUUUAUGAAUUGCAAAACUAUCAUCUCUUGAUGGCAAUUAUUUCAGGUUUAAAUUCAUCACCAAUCCUCCGUCUAAAAUUCACAAAGAGUAAAUUAUCAAAGAGUUUAAGAGAUACAUUAGAUCAGUUAGAAGAAUUAAUGUCUACUCAGUCCUCAAUGAAAAACUAUAGAGCAGAGUUAGCCAAUGCUCAACCACCAGCAAUUCCUUUCAUGGGUUUCCAUUUAUCAGAUUUGGUAUUUAUCGAUGAAGGUAAUCAAGCAAUGUAUGAUAACAAAAUUAACUUUAAAAAAUUAGAACUAUACAAAAAAACAAUUUCAGUAUUACAAAACUAUACUCUAUUCCCAUAUCAAUUCCACCCAGUACCAGCAAUACAACAAUACUUUUUAGAUUAUAAAAUAGUAGCAGAAAAACCACUUUAUGAAAUUAGUUUAAGAUGUGAACCAAGAAACGCAGAAAGAUCAGAAAUAGAAUAA